AUGAGACUGCAGUCCCCAGCCCUGAUGGCCUCUGCCCUGGUGUAUUUCAUCCAGCUUCCUCGGGCAAGAUGUGAGGAGAACUGUGUCAGUCCUGAACACUGCCUGACUACAGACUGGGUACAUCUCUGGUAUAUAUGGUUGCUGGUGGUCAUCGGGGCACUGCUUCUCCUGUGCGGCCUGACUUCUGUGUGCUUCCGCUGCUGUCUGGGUCGCCAGCAAAAUGGGGGAGAGGAGGGCCGGGCACCCUAUGAAGUGACGGUCAUCGCUUUUGACCAUGACAGCACUCUCCAGAGCACGGUCACUUCCCUGCAGCCAGUGUUCGGCCCUGCGGCUCGAAGGAUCCUGGCUGUGGCUCACUCCCCCAGCUCCCUGGGCCAGCUGCCCUCCUCCCUGGACACCCUCCCAGGGUAUGAGGAAGCACUUCGCAUGACUCGCUUCACUGUUUCAAGGUGCGGGCAGAAAGCACCUGAUCUACCAUCAGUGCCAGAAGAAAAGCAGCUGCCCCCGAUGGAGAAAGAGUCUCCUGGAGUACAACACUCUUCUAAUUGA